GUGGUCUAAUUAUUUGAACAACUCUUUCCAGAAACCUUAGCGCUAAGGGAUGUUAAGAUACACAUACCACCUGAAGUAAACAGAGGAGACACUGUAUGGGUGAACUGUACUUUUGAUAUGGAGGGAGAGGAGCUCUAUUAUAUCAAGCAUUUCCUCAAUGGCAUAGAGUUUUAUCGAUUUGUCCAUUACAUUAAGGAAAAUCCUGUUGCUCUCUAUUCAGUAAGCGGUAUCUACGUUGACAAAGGGAAGUCGUCGUUCGGACACGUGUUUCUCUAUACUACAGAUUUAGAAUCGGAAGGAAAUUACUCUUGUGAAGUCUCGUCAGAAGCACCUUUAUUCGAUAUAAAGAAAUCUUCCAACAGUUUUUUGCAAGUGAAUGUUCCACCCAAGGAUAAUCCUAUCAUAACAGGAAUUCGCUUCCAAUAUGCAACAGGAGAGAAUAUUACGGGGACAUGUACAUCUGCAAGAUCCAAACCACCAUCGAUAUUAAAGUGGUAUAUUAACGACAGAGAGGUAAUUGAUAUAUCUUCUUGUGUUUCUUUCAGUAUUGGAAUAAUAAAAUAA